AUGCAAAGGAUUUCAAAAUUGUUUCAACCAGCUUUAAUUACCCCGAAAAAUGCCACUAUUAAAUCACAGGACAUUACUUCUAAAAGUCAACGGCUCAUGCUGGAACAAGGGCUCAUCAGGCAGGCAGGAAAUGGGACGUUUUACCUAUUACCGCUCCUACAACGAUGUCUGCAGAAAGCAAUCAAUCUAGUCGACCGGCAUAUGGAAGAGAUUGGAGCACAAAAGCUAACACUUCCAUUGUUAACAUCGGCGGAACUAUGGAGGAAAAGUGGUCGCUUAGGUUCGAGCGAUAAUGGAACGCCAACAGAGCUGUUGCAAACUACCGAUCGUCACGGAAAGGUGCAAAUACUGGGACCGACCCACGAAGAAUCAAUAACGUCGCUGCUUGCAGCCAUAGCACCGGUUACCUAUCGUCAGUUUCCACUCCGGCUGUACCAAAUAUCGACCAAAUUCCGGGAUGAAAUGAAGCCUCGGUUUGGGUUGAUGCGUGCGAAAGAGUUCCUCAUGAAGGAUCUGUACACGUUCGACGUCGAUCGUGCCCACUGUCGGGAAACGUACGAAGAAGUGAACGAAGUGUACGGCAGACUGUUUAGCGAAAUAGGAGUCCCAUUCGUUAAGGUAGCCGGAGACAGCGGAACGAUGGGUGGUUCGGUUUCACACGAGUAUCACUUCCCCAGCGAGUUGGGAGAAGACCAAUUGAUUCAAUGUACCCGAUGCGGUAUGCAUUCGAACGCCGAGCUGUUUCCCACAUUAGCCCAACGAUGUAAAAGUUGUAACGGAAGCGAAACUCUCGAACAGCAGCCAGGCAUAGAGGUGGCACAUGCUUUCAUCCUCGAGGAUCGAUACACAAAGACACUGGGUGCAACGUGUCUGCAACCUAAUGGCAAACCUAUGCCCUUACAGAUGGGAUGCUACGGUAUCGGAGUUACCCGUCUAAUUGCCGCCUCUAUUGAGGUCCUUUCCAACGAGAAGGAAAUAAGAUGGCCAGCUCUCUUAGCACCGUACCAUGUUUGCAUCAUUACCCCAAAGGCGGGCAGUAAGGAGGAAUCGCAAGCGUCUCCGUUGAUUGGAAAACUAUACAACGAUUUGCAAAUGAUGAAGCACUGUAAAGGAGAAGUCAUAGUGGAUGAUCGGACGCAGCUUACCAUUGGCAAACGGUUGCUAGAUGCACGGAAAAUGGGCUAUCCAAUCAUCGUGAUCGUAGGCUCGAAAGCCAUGCACGAGGAGAUUCUAGAGGUGCACAAUUUAACCACGGCCGAAGAGCUAAAUCUAUCCUACGGUGAAACCUUGACCACCAUCGGUGCAACUCUAUCGCCAGCUAGUAAGAAACAAAUCGGGCGAACACAAAACCAUGAUAACAAAGUUGCCCAAGAACUGUAA